AUGACACUGUCGUCUCUUGGAACACGAGUGUGUUACAGCAAGGGCGCGAAAGACUCAGGCGCGAGAACAGUUCCAACAUGCUUUCAAAUAAAGGGUCGUCAAGCAGUUUUGAAACGAAAAUUAUAAUUGGGGCUCAAUGGGGAGAUGAAGGAAAAGGAAAGAUUGUUGAUCUAUUGGCUGAAGAUGCAGAUUUAGUUUGUCGAGGACAGGGUGGUAGCAAUGCUGGACACACUGUUGUUGUUGGUGAAACUUCCUAUUUCUUUCAUUUAAUCCCAAGUGGAGUGACAAAUCAAGCUUGCAAAGCUGUCAUAGGAAAUGGAGUUGUUUUGCAUCUUCCGACCUUUUUUAAAGAACUGGAAACAAACACUGCAAAGGGUUUGCAUGACAUGGAGAAACGAAUUGAGAUCUCAAACAGAGCUCACAUUGUUUUUGACAUGCACCAGACUGUAGAUGGUCUUCUUGAAGGAUUGAGAGGGAAAAAGAGCAUUGGAACUACCAAGCGAGGUAUUGGCCCAACUUAUGGAACAAAGGCCUUGAGAAAUGGGAUCCGAGUUUGCGACUUGAUGGGAAAUUUUGAAAUCUUUAAAGAAAGGUUCAAGGCUCUUGUCAGCUACCACAAGGCUGUGUUUCCUGAAUUAGAGGUUGACGUAGAUAAAGAACUGGAGACGUAUAAGAAUUUCGCCACAAGGCUUCGUCCGAUGGUGAAGGACACGGUUCUUACACUGUAUGAUGCUCUACAAAGUGGAAAAAGAAUUUUGAUCGAAGGGGCCAACGCCACCAUGCUUGAUCUUGAUUUUGGAACCUAUCCGUUUGUGACAUCAUCGACCUGCUCCGUUGGGGGUCCACUAACUGGUCUUGGCAUUCCGGCAACAAAAAUUCAAGAAGUCAUCGGAGUCGUCAAGGCUUAUACCACAAGGGUUGGUUCAGGAACCCUUCCGACUGAGUUAACUGAUGAGAUUGGAGAAAAACUGCAGAAAACGGGCCACGAAUUUGGGACUACGACUGGUAGGCCGCGAAGGUGUGGAUGGCUCGACCUUGUCGUUGUUAAGUAUGCCAACAUGGUCAAUGGAUUUACAAGCAUCGCCCUCACUAAGCUGGAUGUGCUAGAUGAUAUUUCAGAAAUAAAGAUUGGUGUUAAUUACUUGUACAAAGGAGAACGUUUACCUGCCUUUCCAGCAAACAUGGAAACCUUAGCUGAGGUCGAAGUCGAGUACAUAACUUUACCUGGCUGGAAAACCAACAUCAGAGAUAUCAGAAAAUAUUCUGAUUUGCCUGCAAAUGCGAAAUCUUACAUCGAAAAAAUCCAAGAGAUUUUACAAAUUCCAAUUAAAUGGGUCGGUGUUGGUCAAAGUCGGGCUGCAAUCGUUCCGGUGAUGUAGAAAUGUUCCUGCUUUUUCUCUGCAAGGAUGAUGGCUAUUGCUUACAAAUGUUUUUAGCUUCUGGGGUCAUUAUAGUCGCAGCAUAUAUUUGUACUACCAAAACUUCGAUAAAAUCGGCCAUAGUUGUAGCACCAUUCUUUUUGCACACUACCAUUCUAUGCCAGGCUCAAUUCCAUAUUGCAGAGCACAUACCUCUCGCCCUGUUAUAGGUCCAUUUUAUCUCAAGCUAAAAAUGGCAGGGCUGUUGGUUGAAAAACGACAGAUAAUAGCAGGGGUGGACAAUUCCGGUAAAAAGGUGGUCCCCCGGUGGGAGGCCAGCAACUCUUUCAGUGGUCUCCCGCAUAUAGCCUGUUGUCUCCCAAAACGGAACUCUGGCGACCGGGGUGGACUUUUCGUGUAAAAAUUUGGUCGCCCGGCGGUUACUCUGUAUAACGAACAAUAAGCGGUCUCCCCCAAAAAAGAGCGGUCAUCCUGGGUGCGUGGGACCAAGAAUUGUCCACCCCUGUAAUAGACGAUGUUUGAUUUGUAUACUUCAGUCACCAGCUGUCCUUUUGCCAGACAAAAACCUGUUUACUCUAUAUUGUUAACGCAUCUUCCCUUGGAAUUUCAAAUGUUUUAUGUACACGCUAAACUUUGGCAGCAAACAUACCAAAAUACACUGGUUAAAAUCUCCGUACCAUUGAUAAUGCUCUGUGAAACGUAAGCAAAAGGAAGAAGACAUCUUAAAUAUUCACGAUGAUUUGCAAACUCAUUUCGUCAUGUGUUAUAUCAGUUGAACAGCUGUUUUGCUACUUUGUUUUCUAAAUAGAAUUCCUGCAAUUAAUAAUCGUAAAAAUGUUGUCGGUAAAACUGAAAAAGCUUUUGUUUGUGUUGUUCAAUUGCCGUAUGUCUGCUGGAUAUUUAUUUAGCUACAUCUCAUAUUUAAUUUUUUUUCCAAUUUAGAUAUAGAAAUUUUUUCGAAAGAUUUGUAAUCAGCACGUCGAGGUUUGAAGAGGAAUAUAAUCGUUGUGUGGCUUAGUGAAGUGAAUCCUUCAAAGCUAGCAAAGACGAUAAAUUGUGCUAUUUUCGUACUAUACUUUAUAAUCUUGCUUAUGGUGUUAUUGUCUAGCAAUUUUGCUAUUUAAAUUAGUAUAAUUGCACCGUAUCUCGCGUAAGUUUUAUUGAUAUACUUUUGUUUUUCUUCAA